AGUAAACGAUUUGUGAUUAAACAACUUCCAUAUUUAACACUAAUAUAGCUGACAAAUUUACAAAAUUAACACAUAAGUACAAGUGAAAAAAAAACUCAACUGUUUUGGAAGUUUGAAACCGUGUAAUUUCAUUUGUAACAAGAGAGGCGAAAAACGGGCACCUCUUUUCAAUAGGCGCUUGCUUGUACACAUUGUUUUCUGAAUAUCUACGUACGAACACUACUAGUACUGUACUGAACACAGUCUGUCUAGUAAAAAUGAAAUAGUAUAUGUUAUAAAAAUAUUUAAAGAUGGAUGCGGACAAUAAGAAAAGAUCGUUUCCGGAAGUUCUAAGGGAGUUGAUGGAGUCGAGUACUGUCCAUGGUAUUCCGAAAAUAGCGUCCUCCCGCCAGGUGGCGGUAAAGGUCAUGUGGUGUAUUCUCAUGAUCGCGGGAUUUUGUGUUUUAACCUUUCAGCUUGUGGCGUUAUUCAGGACAUUUCAGUCUCAUCCUGUGCAGACAACAGUGUCACUGGAUUUCAGUACACUUCGGUUUCCCGCCAUUUCUUUCUGCAACAUGAAUCCAGUUAGAAAGUCCAAGAUUGGUAUGUCACAACAGCUGAGGGAUACAGUGUUUCCAAAGAAACAGAAGUAUACAUUAGCUCCGACGGAAACUCCUACAGAAACAGACGAGACAAAAGCGCGCAAAAAGAGACAACUUGAUCUACCAGACGCUUCAGCUUCAGCAGUGUCGGUUGACGUUUCUCUCCUUGAAACAAACGACACAGAAAAUAUUCCCUACUCCGGCGAUUACGAGAUGAUAGAUGAAGAAUCUGAUAUUUAUAAUGCAAAUAAAACUGUCAGAGACGUUUCAAACACAACUGUAUCCGGUCUCUUAAAAGAAACCGUCAGUGGUGCUGCGAAUGAAACUUUUACUGAUGAAGCUGGUGAAGCCGUCACAGUUGCUUUAGAUGAAACUUUUACAGAUGAAACUGGUGAAACCGUGACAGUUGAUUCGAAUGAAACUUCUACCGAAUCGUCCUAUGAAAGCUCGACUUAUUCUUCGUUUUAUUAUAACUAUGACGAACAUUAUACAUGGGACCUCUUCGACUACCACGGAAAGGAAGAAGGCAGUUUUAAUCUUACAGCUUCGAAUAUAACGUAUGAAUAUGUAGACAUUACACUUUCUGAACAUUAUCAGGACCCCAAGGACAAGUGGGAGUUGGUGAUAACAAAGUUCAAGACCGCGUACAGAAAUGUUUCAGUAGCGAAAAGGAAGCGUAUGGGACACCAAAGAGAAGAUUUCAUACAAUACGCAUCAUUUGCUACACGGGAACAGAAUGUGUCGUAA